CUUAGUUCGCUGUAAAAACACCUUUGCCGAGGAAAAAGGGAAAAACAAAAAAAAAAUCAACACUACAGCCUUGCCGUUUCUUCUUCGUUUCCCCUCUUUUAACCCUAGACCCCUUUUGAAUUUGGAUCGUCUCAUCCAGAGGUGGAUCCAUGAUUUCACGAGGAUGAAUGCACUAGGCGGAUCAAUGAUUUAAAUUUGACGGAUUAACUCUUAGGACAAGAGGGGUAAGGAAACUCCACUUUCAACCAAGAGGUUGUGAGUUCGAGUCAUCCCAAAAGCAAGGUGAGGAGUUCUUGGAGUGAAGGAUGACGAUGGUCUAUUUGGAAACAGCCUCUCUGCUCUAGGGGUAAGGUCUGCGUACACACUACCCUCCCCAGAUCCCACUAGUGGGAUUAUACUGUGUUGUUGUAUUUGGUUUAGCUAUAUAAAAUUGUAAUAUUUAAAAAAAGAGAAAUAGAGAUUUCAGUGUCUCUGAAACAAUAAACCAAGACCCCACUUGUGGGAUUUUAACUCGAAGGUCUUUCGGAAACAACCUCUCUACUCCUCCGGGUAGGUGUAAGGUCUACGUACGUUCUACUCUACCCAAACCCCACCUGUAGGAUUUUAUUGGGUCGUUGUUGUCUAAAACAAUAAACCACAUAUAGAGAAAGAUAUUUUUUUAAAUCUAUUUUGCCUUCGAAAUUAAUUUCAGAUCAUAAAUCCCUGACUGACUUGUGAAUUUCUUAUCAUCUAUAUGACCAUUCGAGUUACGUGUGUAUACACACACACCACUUUUGUUUCCGCAUUUAUUCUUUUUUGCAGAAUUUCUUGUUAACAGCUUCUUCAACAUAUCUUCUCCUGUUAUUCCUUUCUACUGACUCUUACGUAUCUUUGUUGUUUGAUGGCAAUAUAUAUAAAUCAGUAAAUAAAAUCUGGUAUUAGACUUAUAUCUAUCUGCAGCUGGAUGGGCGGUUCCUCUCAAGUUCUCUCCCUCUCUGCCUCUCCUGCAACCCGUGGCCUGUUCCUCCGCACUUGCAUGGUUUUGUAUCAGAAGUUGAAGGCCUUGGUUUCAUCUUUUAAGAAUUUUAGAUGGACGCGGCCAGGGAUAUAUGGUGGUCGUUCAACCGGUGGUAAGCCUCUCGUAGAAGGUUAUGACUAUUUGUGGUAUGCUUUUACUACCAUUCCCUUCGGAUGCUUGGCCGCUGCCUUCCUGCUGUUAGGGGGUACUGAUCAUCUGUUAAUUUUUACCUUCGGGAUUUGCCCGGGUUGUGGUUAUAUACUUCAUAUCAAUGUGUUGUACUCUGUUGUUUAUUGGCAUCGCGACAUGCCUUUCCGUUUAAUUGGUGCCAAGGCUAAAUUUAUGAUCGAGGCCAUUCCUCUGGUUACUGCUGCAGCCUUGCAUCACCUUUUGGAGUUCAAUUAUGGGUAUCUCGCUCUAUUAGUAAGCUGCACCGGAUAUUUCUAUACCUAUGCGCACUUCUUGCGCGUAGCAUAUGAUAUUAAGGGAAUAGAUGUUAUGAUGGGAUUAGUAAUGCAGGUUCUUACUUACAUGUUGAACGUAGAUUUAUUAGUUAGAGCUUUAGUUUUGAGCUUCUGCUUUGGUAUAUGUUUCUAUAGAUACGUGAUGUAUUGUGCUCCUGAACUUCCUGCUCAUGAUAAAAAGGAGUUGGAGCAGCUGCCUUGUUGAUUUGAAUUAUCUUGAGUAUAAGUUAAUUGAGUUAUUUUCUCUUUC